AUGGCCGGGAGCUUCGUAGGCGAGAGCCUCACGGUGGACGUGCUCAAUGUCAUGGGUAUUCGUCCUCCUCCUGGUUUGUCGGCGCAAACAACAGGUGCAAGCACCGAGCCGUGGAGCACCAGCGACGAGGGACAUGAGUGUUUUCUGUGCCGCUGCUGCCACAACGGCCGGGUCAAGCCCGACAAGAAGCAGCGGGCCACCGUGAAGUCCAUGAGUGCCUGGGCAUGCCUUGCGUGGGGCUCCAGCUUCCGACAUGCCUGCAGGAUGGCCGUUCCUGCUGCUGAGGUGAAACACAGCUUCUCGACUUGCUCUUGGCGCAACUCUCCAUGCGUGCUCAAGAAGCAGGUCGUUUCGACACCCUCUUCCCGGUCCUGCAGGCGAUCCACCGUCGUCUGGCAGUCUCAUCGACAGGCGAGUCCCAUAUAUCCGGUGCAUCGUUGCGCAACUUGGAGAAGAUGA